UUACGAGAAACUUCCCAAACACCCAGUAAUCUUGAAGCCAUACCAUCCACCAGCGCCCUACAAAAAGAAACACAUCAGCAAGGAAAAGGCCCUUAUGCUGAUGUUCUUGACGAAAGCCGUGCUAGUGACGAUGUUCGCUCUAGGACUGCCAGCCGUCAUCGGAAUCUACGCGCUGCUCCUGGCGAAGAUGAUAAUGGGCCUGAAGACGAUCGCCAGCACAAAUGCCUUCACCCUGGGCGUACUGGGAACGAAGUAUGUGCUAAAAAAGCAAAACAAGGCCCAGAAGCUACAGCAAGUGGCCAGCUUACUGCCCUUCUAUGUCCCUCUGAUGCUGUCCUCUCUUCUGUCGGCGGCCAGUCUGAUCUCCGGAGCUGCCGGAUUGAUAGGAUCCCUCAUCGCUAACAGUACCAAUAGUACUACGAACAGCACUACCACCACCACCACUACAACUACCACAACCACAAGUCGUACAACAACAACCACCCAAAAAGGUGGAGUAGGGGAAGAGGGUAAACUCGUGGAGGUGUACCAUCUUCCCAUGAUAGAAGUGGACUGUGAACCAAACAGCAGAAAAAAGUGCAGGAAGGUGCUCCUGGUGAGCGAUCACCCGCCACCUCCGCCGGCUGAGGGUCGAUUAAGCAGUGCGGCGAGAAGAGCUACACAGACCGUGAAGGACUUUUGGAAACGAGUUUCAAAAACAUUUAAAAUUAGUUGAUUGUUACCUUUAUAAAAAUUGUGUUUUUUAUUCGCUUCGAAAACUUCCUAUGCACAAUGGUCGGAAAAAGAUAAAGUUCGGACAAAACUCUUUUUAUGUAUUUAAUAGAAGUUAUAGGUUGCCUAGAUAUGUUAUAUAGUAUUUUUAAUGUUUAAAAAGGGGUAUUUAAAAAUUACGUAACUUCAAUAAUUUCAAAAACGGUAAAAAUCAGUAAACCUCACAUUUUUUGCGUUUUUUGUUAGAAAAUCAAUUUGAAUUUAAUUAAAUGAUUAUCUUUCGAUCAAAUCCAAUCAAGUUUGUUCAAAACGUGUGAAAAAAUUGGGAAGAUAAAUUUUAUUUUAGUCAAAAAUGGAAAAAUAAUGUAAAAUAUAUGAAAAAACAUGACUUUUUUAAAUAGCUCCAAUUUGAAAAACUGCAAAUUUCUGCAAAAUAUUUAAACGUUUUUAUGCAGCCCUAAGCAUGAUGUUUAAGAUGUACUAUUCGAAAUUGCGGCGACACGUGACGACACGAACCGUUUUUUAACUUAAAAAUUACCAAAAUUCCUAAAGUACAAUAUAUGAAAAUUUGAAAAGUUUUGUGACAUAUUAAUUUUAUACCAUACGUGCAUUCAAACAGUCCAGUAACAAGCUUUCAUAUGCUGGAUAGCAUUAAACAUAUAUUCCAUUCUCAUAAUAUUAUUAUUUCACUUUUUUCGAAAAAAUCAUUUUUCAAUUUUAUGACUUAGGCCACUUUGGCAGUGAAAAUGUCAUUGAAAUACAAAAGCUGGUAUACUUUCAAUUAAGAAUCAUAAAACUACAAUACAUUAUCUUUGCUAUAAGGUGAAAUAAAGUUUAAAAAUAUCAAUUUCGUUUUUUGAGAGUUUUGGCCGCCCCUUUGUAUGGAGCCCGACCAAUGUGC